AUGAAGGUCACUGACGCUACCCAGCCGCGGGUCAUUCGAACCCGCCUGCCUCCUUUGAGAGCGCAGACGCGGCUCUAUAUUGGCAUUGUUGCCUUCUCUGUGUGUCUGCUGCUCAUCUUCGUUGGCGUCUUCUCGUCGCUGAUUGUGCUACGCAACAUAGAUAAGAAUUACGAAAGGGAGGUACGGCUCGUAGAGUACACUCUCGCCAACGCCGCCGUGGCACCCUUCAGGGUAGUCAUGGUCGAGGCCCUCGGCAUCAGUCAAGCCUUGGAGGGCUACGUGAUGAGUCAGAUGACAGUGCUGCCAAAUUUAUCGGCCCCGCCGGCGGAGCGCAUCCAUGGCCAAAACUUCGUGAACUUUGACAGCGUUGGCAGAACACUCGUGCGCAACAUGACCAUGAUCUCCAUGACUGCCUUACAGCCCGGCGGUGUGUACGCUUUUAUUUCUCCAGCGAAUGCAGCCUCGUACGGACGCGACACGCUCGACAUUAACGACAACUCGCACAACUUUAAGCCGACGCCUCUUGAUACCAUCCUCGACGGCCACGCUAACUACGUUGGCCCUUUUCGAUCCACCUCCGAGAUUCUGCGGGGCUACUGGGGGUUUGCUGUUCGACGGCCCAUCUUCAAUCGCACAGACUACUCGAUGGCUGACAUACACACAUUUUGGGGGUUCACUUUCACCCUGGUCAACAUAAGCGGCAUCCUCAGCACCAACCCGUUUGACUUCUCCUCUAGCGGUGUACAGCAGAGUAGCUUUGACUACCUCCUCAGUGUGGUGAAUGAGACCUCCGGAGUCAUUACUGUUCUUGAGACCUCGCUGCAGAACCCAACAGCGGAGCAGCUUGAGGAAUUUCGCAAAAUCGGCACCACCAUCGACAUUGCCCCAAAUCUCCCAUUCGCGGUCACCGUCCGCGGCCGCGACUACGGUGCGCACCUCUCGCCCACCAACAUCACAAUUGUCGUGUCCACCGCCCUAUCUGGGCUUUUAGCCAUCUUUGCUACUGUCAUCGCAGCCGUGCUGUGGUGCACGCGGGUGUACGACGGCACCAAGCACGCACCCAAGAUGGCGCCCUUCGCCAUGCUCACCAUCGGCCCCUGCCGCGGCGAGGAGCUCUGGGACCUUGCUGCAGAGCAGAUGGCCGAGGUGACGGACCGGCUCGAUGGGGUACUGGUGCGGCAGAUGGUGCGGCACGGCGCCUACCAGAUUCAGCAGGUGCACCCACUCACCACAUCGUACGUCACGCGCAGCGUCGCGGCGGCCGUGCAGAUGGCCUUCAGCGCCAUCGAGGAGCUGCAGCGCCGCCCCAUCGACGGUCCGCUGCGCGCCGUGCUCGGUGACGAGGGUCGCCUACUGCUCUCCUACGCCGUGCACUGGUGCACCGACGCUGCCGUGCGCGUGGAAUCGCUGGACGGGACGUACCGCUACGAGGGCCCCGAUGUUGUCUUUGGCGGCCGCAUGUGGGCCUUUGCCGCACCCAGCGUUCUCACGGCUUCCGAGGCGGUGGCGCAGGCGCUGCCACGCUUUGGCCUGCGCAGUGUCGACGCACGCCCACUCCGUAUGGUCAAUGUGAUCUACUCAUGGACCCGUUAUGGCACGGCUGACAGCAAGGAGCCCAACGAUAAGAGCGCCGCUAGCGCCACCAUCUACGUGCCGUACCCGCUGCCAAUCACCUUGCAGAACACCGCCGGUGGGCGGCGCGGCAGCGCCAUCUCCUCGAAGGUGGCGCUCAUCGGCAGCAACAGCGACACCGACGAUGCGCAGCUGGUGACGCAGCAGCAGCUCUUUACGCUCCUCGACGCGCGUCGCCCUGCACUGGUGGCCGCCGCGUCUGUAGCACUGUGCAACGUCGAUGGUUUUCCCUCUGCAUCUCACGCCAACAAAACUGUGACGGUUCCUGUCAUCGACGUGCGCCGCAGUAACAGUAUUGCAUCAUCAGUGCCAACCUUCUCCGCGGUGGAUGGCAGCACCACCAAUAGCGCUAGGUUUAGCACCCCCACACGCACUGGUGCCAGCUCCAGCGGACCGUCAGAGAACAACGGCAACGAACUCUUGUCGGUUCGAUCGCUGUCGAUGGGGACGCCGCUACAGUAUAUAGGCGGCUCCUUCGACAACGCCUCCAACGGCACCACCAAGACAGUUCCAGUGAACUCCUUUGCCUUCCAGGGGGACGCUGUCACGCGUGCGCUGCUGCAGCCCUUCAUCACGCGCUCGCUCGACGUGGCCCUGCGCGCCGCCUUUGACUACCAGUCCAUCACCCUUGAUAUACGCUACGACUCUGUGCGGGUGCUGGUCUACUACUUUUACUCCAGCUAUAAGAUCCUGUUUCGCCCGCUGGCCGCGCCGGAGCGCCACAACAUCUUCCGCCGCCUGGUGACUGCGUUUGGUGUGCCGCAGCAGGGCAUCCUCGAGCAUCUGGCCGCGCGCUGCGUCAUUCGGUACGUGCAGCACCGGUUGAAAGCGUAUCAUUCCACACUGCCACACUCUAAGUGGCCCUCCUCCGUCUGUGAGGCACCGUCAGUGCUCAAAGCGCAAUAG